GCCCAAUCAGCGGAAACUGUCGGCCAAAUCGCAUCUCUGUCUUCUCCACACCACCCUUUACACAGACACACUCAUCAAAGUUAAUCGUUUGCUUCAUGUUUUGAGUGAGUUGGCGUGUUUGGAUGCCAUUUAGCAGCCAAGAAAGAGGAACGGAAAAAGCCAGGUGAUCGCAAAGUGAUCCGAGUUUUUUUCUCCCACUACGUUCCCUCCCCUCCUCCAAUUUUUGGUGCCACGAGGAUCGCUGCUAAUGAGACCGUCAUUGGUGGAUUGAAAGAAGCGUUAUCAAAGAAAGGAGGAGGCACGGGCGAAAUUGACAGAGGGAUUGUCAUCCUCAUCGCCGUCUUGAUCAACAACAUUUACCUGUGGCAGGAGACGGAGCCGGAUGAUGACUUGGGGUUUCGUUGUUUGCGGGCCCAAUGAGGCUUUGGUGGUGUCAGGAUGUUGCCACAGAAAACCCCUCUUGGUGCCCGGGGGUCGAGCCUUUGUUUGGCCGGGGAUCCAAUAUGUCCAAAGGUUGCGCUUAAACACUAUGACUUUGAUCGUGACGAGUAGCAAUGUUUACUCGGGUCAAGGCGUGUCCAUCUCUGUCACGGGAAUCGCUCAGGUCAAAAUCCAGGGUCAAAAUGAGGAAAUGCUGCUCGCCGCUUGCGAGCAGUUUCUGGGCAAGAGCGAAGAACAGAUUCAACAAGUGGCCUUGGAGACCUUGGAAGGACACCAACGAGCCAUCAUGGGCUCUAUGACCGUUGAGGAAAUCUACAAAGAUCGCAAAAAGUUCUCGAAACAGGUCUUCGAAGUUGCCUCUUCCGAUUUAGUCAAUAUGGGAAUCACCGUGGUUUCGUAUACACUGAAGGACAUUCGCGAUGAUGAGGGAUACUUGAAAGCUUUGGGCAUGGCUCGAACAGCUGAGGUCAAAAGGGAUGCGAGAAUUGGCGAGGCCGAAGCCAAACGCGACGCCCAGAUCAAAGAGGCGAUUGCCGAAGAAGAGAGAAUGGCUGCGAGGUUGCUCAACGACGCCGAGAUCGCCAAGAGUAAAAGGGAUUUUGAGCUAAAAAAGGCUGCUUAUGACGUGGAAGUUCAGACAAAGAAAGCGGAAGCCGAAUUGGCGUAUGAAUUGCAAGCAGCCAAGACCAAACAGAGGAUCAAAGAUGAACAGAUGCAAAUCAAGGUGGUCGAAAGGACUCAGGAGAUCCUGGUUCAGGAACAGGAAAUCCAGAGGCGAGAACGAGAAUUGGACUCGACAGUCCGACGUCCGGCAGAGGCCGAAAAGUUCAAAUUGGAAAAACUGGCAGAGGCCAACAAGAACAAGGUCAUUAUGGAGUCGGAAGCUGAGGCUGAAGCCGAGAUUUUGCGCGGAGAGGCUGAAGCCUUCUCUAUCGAGGCCAGGGCCAAGGCUGAAGCUGAAAAGAUGGCCAAGAAAGCCGAUGCCUGGAAGGAGUACAAAGAUGCCGCCAUGCUUGAUAUGAUGCUAGAAUGUCUGCCAAAGGUUGCUGCCGAAAUCGCUGCUCCGCUGUCACAAGCCAAGAAGAUAUCGAUGGUCUCGGACGGUUCCGGAGAGCUAGGGGCCAACAAACUGACCAAUGAAGUGCUUCAAAUAAUGCAAUCGGUGCCCAACCUUGUCAAGAACAUGACUGGUGUAGAUAUAACGACUCAAAUGUCUCGAGGAGGAAUCACUGCCAGGUCCGUCUCCAUCACUUCAAUGAGAUCUCACUAAUCGGACCAUCGGACCGACCGGGUUUCGACACCAUUCUUGGUCAGAAAGUGUCUGACAGACCACCUAGAAGGAUGUAUCCCACUAUCUCCAUCUCGAUCUUCUCAUCACCCUCAUCAUCAUCAUCAACUUCAUCAUCACAACCAUCCAAAACUAAAAGUCGUCAUGUUCAUCAGGGCCAAAAUGGACGUGUUAAUUUCAAAACAACUCCGACUUUCCUCUCGUGUAUUACCUACCAAUGAUACGUCUACAUAUUUAUCGAUCUCAUUGACCGUCGUAGGAUGCUUGCUUGCGAGGAAACUGCCAAUCAAACUCAACUCAUGGCUCCUUCACAAUCUAAUAUUUUGUAGACAUUCCACAUUUCUAUUCCUCCUUCUCUCCUUCGCCCACAAUAAAAUCUAUGUACUAA